AUGAACCCCCAAGCAAAACUAAUUUUCGCCACCAGCCUAAUCCUUGGUACAAGCAUUACAAUCUCAAGCAACCAUUGAAUCAUGGCCUGGGCCGGCCUUGAAAUUAAUACCCUAGCCAUCCUACCCCUGAUUGCCCAGUCGCAUCAUCCACGGGCUAUCGAAGCCGCAACUAAAUAUUUCCUAACCCAAGCAGCUGCCUCCACUCUAAUGCUAUUUUCCAGCAUAACCAACGCAUGAUACACCGGACAAUGGGACAUUGCUCAACUUACACACCCAACCUCCUGCUUAAUCCUAACUUCUGCUAUCGCAAUAAAACUAGGACUGGUCCCAUUCCACUUUUGAUUUCCAGAAGUCCUGCAAGGCUCCCCUCUCACUACAGGCUUACUCCUAUCUACAAUCAUAAAAUUCCCACCAAUGACACUAUUUUACAUAACUUCCCACUCAUUAAACCCCACCCUACUAACCUGCAUAGCUGUUUCCUCCGCAGCCCUGGGUGGAUGAAUAGGCUUAAACCAGACACAAAUCCGAAAAAUUCUGGCUUUCUCCUCUAUCGCACACUUAGGCUGAAUGACCAUCAUCAUUGACUACCACCCUAAACUUACCCUACUAAACUUCUACCUAUACGCCCUAAUAACCGCAGCCGUAUUCUUAACCCUCAACACAAUCAAAACCCUAAAACUUUCCACACUCAUAACAACAUGAACAAAAGCACCCUCACUAAAUGCAAUACUACUCCUAACCCUACUUUCCCUAGCAGGACUCCCCCCACUAACAGGCUUCAUCCCCAAAUGACUUAUCAUCCAAGAACUUACUAAACAAAAUAUAGCCCCAGCAGCAACAAUCAUUGCUCUUCUCUCACUAUUAAGCCUGUUCUUCUACCUCCGCCUCGCAUACUGCGCAACAAUCACACUUCCCCCACACACCACGAACCACAUAAAACAAUGACACACUAACAAACCAACUAACACCUCAAUUGCCAUCUUGGCCACUAUAUCCACCUCCCUCCUUCCAAUUUCCCCAAUAAUCCUCACUAUUAUCUA